UAAGUAUGAACCAUAUCACUGGAGUUAUAAGGGAUACUGACGCGGGAGACAGCUACCAGUCAAUCCCCACAUGCUGCUGGUGAUAACAACAUCACUUCUCAUUCAUGGUGAUCAAUCGAUGGCUGUAGUGCAAGUGGAGUACUUCAGAGUGCGGGAUAGUUGAGCAGUAUCAUGGAGUUACACUAACUCAACAAUCAACUCGACAUUGGCAAAAUGGCCCUUCACGUGGUGCGGACAAUGUUGGUGUUGUUGCUUCUGACAUUCGUGGCAGUAAAUGGCAAUGGGAUUAUUAGUGGAAUUACAACAGGAGGAGGUGAUGUGGUUAGAAAGUGUGACCCGAUUAAGAUCGAGAUGUGCAAAGGACUUGGAUAUAACGUGACAGGGAUGCCAAACUUGGUGGGGCACGAACUCCAACAGGAUGCGGAGUUACAGCUUCAAACAUUCACACCCCUGAUUCAGUAUGGAUGCUCAGGACAGUUGAAAUUCUUCCUAUGUAGUGUUUACGUUCCGAUGUGUACGGAAAAGGUUAUGGCCCCUAUUGGUCCCUGUAGGCCAAUGUGUGAGAACGUAAAGGAUAGCUGUCAACCGAUUUUGAAGGAGUUUGGCUUCCCUUGGCCAGCUGCUUUGAACUGUAGCAAGUUCCCUCCGAUGAAUGAUCUGAACCAUAUGUGUAUGGAUGGCCCCACAGUGGAUAGGAAUGCCAAACCCAAACAUAAACUGGAGCCAGGGCUGAAGAAACCUGUCAUCACCCAAGCCCCUGGGAUCCAACUUGGAUUAGGGAAACAUGUUCCUGUCUCACAGAAUUACAAGUCCUGUGAUCGUUAUCGCCACCCAGAGAAAUAUAUCUAUAUCAACCGGACUGACAAGUGUGCAAUUAUCUGCGGAGAGGAUGACCUUUUCUCUCAGGAUGAUAAAUAUUUCGCGGACAUCUGGAUGUCUAUUUGGGCUGGUGUCUGCUUCGUCUCCACGCUACUUACCGUCCUAACCUUCAUCAUUGAUGCGAGCCGAUUCCGGUACCCCGAGCGGCCCAUCAUCUUUCUAAGUCUCUGCUACAACAUCUAUAGCAUUGCUUUCAUCGUGCGCCUUAUAGCCGGCAGGGAAGCAAUCUCUUGUGACACGGACAGCCCCAGCAACCAGCGUAUUCUUAUACAAGAAGGUUUAGAGAACACCGAUUGUGCCAUUGUGUUCCUGCUGCUCUAUUUCUUUGGAACAGCCAGUUCUAUUUGGUGGGUGAUACUGACACUGACAUGGCUCCUGUCGGCAGGAUUAAAGUGGGGCCAUGAGGCGAUACAGCAGCAUAGUAGUUAUUUUCAUCUGGCCGCCUGGGCUAUUCCUGCAAUAAAAACCAUAGUCAUCUUGGUUAUGAGGGACGUUGAUGCCGAUGAACUGACUGGUCAAUGUUAUGUUGGCAACCAAAGUUUAGAUACUUUAUUAGGCUUCGUGCUCGGUCCUUCCAUCGUCUACCUGGUCCUCGGGACAUCCUUUCUUCUGGCAGGUUUCGUGGCUUUGUUCAGGAUAAGAAGCCACGUGAAAAAUGACGGUUUGAAAACCGAUAAGUUAGAAGUGCUUAUGGUCCGAAUAGGAAUAUUCUCAGUGCUCUAUACUGUUCCUGCGACAUGUGUUAUCGCUUGCUACAUUUACGAAUACACAAAUCGAGACAUUUGGUACAGCAAGGAACAUUCAUCGACACCCAAUAUUGAAAUAUUUAUGUUAAAAAUCUUCAUGUCGCUAGUAGUUGGGAUAACGAGCGGGAUGUGGAUAUGGACCACUAAAACAUUAAGUUCGUGGAAGACGUUCUGUACGCGGAUAUGUCACCGACGACGGGACCGAAAAUCGACUUCAAAUCUGCCGCAAGGACUACAGAAUGUCCAGUACCAACUGGCGAAAAAUAUCUCAGGCUCAACUUAUUACAGCCGGCCGCCCGGCAACUCUGUCAGGAUGGAUAAGCAUAAACGGGGCAAAACAGGCAGCGAGACAACGGUGUGACAGGAGGCGUAAGUUAGUCCUGGUGGUGGCACGAAGAUUACUAUUAACCCGACUUCAUGUACUUCUUUACUGUUGCAAUCUGGGCUUAGUUAUUUGAAACUUGUUCGGCUCUAACUUGGCGUUAACUUCUACUUGGCGUUGAGUUAAAGUUCCCUGUGUGAUAACACAUGCUCGGGAGACGCCAACCCAACUUAGACUUCAAACUGCUUUGACCAUGCCCGGGUGACCAUGUGACCAGGACCAGUUAUAAGCGCUUGACACCGUUACGCCAAAUCCCUGUAACUUAUUCACCACUCCGUAUAACCAUCGUCUAGGCUGUAAUUCCAUGGCCCAUGCAGUCAGCAAUGUAAAGAGCCGAUCAAGUAAUUUUACAAGACUCAUCAGAGCGGUUAUCUAUAGAUUCACAACUGUUUCGAGAUUGUUAAAGUUUUUAACAGUUUCAUCAGUUUCGGCAGCUUUUGAGCUGAAAGGCGCUGGCAACUGUUGCUGCUUCUUCAUAAUCAUGUCUUGCAAUGGCCGUUGCAAUUUGACAUCGGUUUUGAUGGACUGUAUUGAACUUUUGUAAGCCUGGCAAACUGCUUUGGCCCACGAAAGUGCGGUCGGCCUUCCAUUGAUGAUCUACAUGGAAGUCCUGGUCAUGCAAGUGUGAUGAAUCGAUUUCCGAGCCAGGGUUCAGCCAAUAUUAUAACAUGAAAGUCACACGAAGUCGGUUUUACAGUUUUAAUAUCUGCAACUGGGACCUUUGUAUAUUUCACAAUGUAAAUAGGUGUAGAUAUCGAGAUGUGUACAUAGUGCAGAGGAGCUCUCAGGCUGUAAGAAAGAUAAGUGCUUGGUGCACCUACACAGAGUCAGGAGCGCAACCAGAUCUGAUGGGUCGGCUGCUGGGUGAGAUGUGAUGAAAGAAGAAUUGGCAGCUGUCAAGUUUUGCAAUGCCUUACUACCUUUCGAGAAGCUGACAUUGAAAUGCGCGCACCAGACGUCCGUGAGACGGAUAGCCAUCAGCGUGUUGAAAGUGAUCUUUCAGCGGGUUUGACGGAAGUCAUAGCCAGCUUCUUGGCAGGUAGCGCGGCUGUAUAUUGCCAUCAAUCAGAAGUCGGCUGUAGAAUGUGUAGUACUUCAUCUCGCCUCACUCUGCCAUGCCACACGCCAGUUUUAUUGCCCUCCGAUUAGGCUAAAGAUUUAUAGCCAUAUUUUCCUGACAUUGUGGAGGUGUUAAAGCAAUUAUGUACAAAUAACUGCCCAGUUAGUUGCCCAGGUUCUCAUGAUUUAUGUCUUUACUUUAAUUGGUAGUUGACAUACCGGGUUCAUUCCACAUAUCUUCUCAUUACCAGGGGAGACAUUCUUGAUACCUAACGCAAACACUUGAUAGACUCUUUGUUUUCUGCCUCCAUUUCUGCAUGGCAGCCUCACUUGAUGUCUGAUCCAGUGUUAUCAAAUUGCAAGCAUUAUGGUUCACUCAACUCUUUCAUUGACAAAAUUCAUUUCUCGAAAUCGUUGUGCUUGAAAUAACUAUCCAUACAACAAGGUGCAGACUGAUGGUUCACUGCUUUAUUGCCAAAGGUCUUGGGAACCAAAAUGAGUCGAAAUCUAUCUCAAAGUUAAUAUCAACCGUCUACAAAAAACGAUGAGCUUGCAGUAUAUAAGUUUUGUGAUCUCCUAAUUCUUGAAUAAGUGUAGUAGAGAGAGAGGGAGUAUUUAUUUCCACUGACGAAAUGAUAAGCUGACUUUAUGCCUUUCGAAGUUUGGUGUUAAUCCUCACUUAUCGAGUGCAAUAUUUCACAUAAUAUCUACCUCGUUAAAGUCAAUUUAUAAUGCUUAUUUCUUGUAACCGGUUUAUUCGAAGGCUAUGGCUAAGUAUACGCAAGUGAUCGGACGUAAGCAGUGUGUUUGCUUCCCUUUGAAAUGUCUAUUUGCAGUCCAUUAGCCUGACCAUGGACUCUGUAUUAUUUUGCCGGGUCUGAGUAAAAGCAUAUUUGUUUUCAAUACAGAAAUGUUCAAGUACUUUGAACACGUUUGAACUUCAUAAUGUGUUGGAAUUCAGGCCUGAGGCCCUCGCGUAUUGGCAGAGACGGUUUUUUGCGCUUUUACACCAAAACACAACCUCAGGGCAAGGAGAUCUCUCCUGCCGACGACCGUUUUGGGUUGCCGUUCAGAGUGUAACUUACGAGUAGCCCUGGGCAAAUCAUAACCGGUUGGUUUUUACCCUGAGGGUGUCACUUGUCACUUGCUUCCGGCAGUCAUUGCUGGAGGUGGCAUACUUUGAAAUAAAUGUUCGUCGUAUAAUGCAUUACUGGCGACUGCAUUGUUAUUUGGCGGAUUUUGUACGAUGGCAAUACGUUGCGACAUGACCAACCUUUCUGCAUGUAAAACACACAGUCUGCCUUACUGCUCUGGACAAUGCUCGCCCUCACUCCGCCUGUCCUAAUAUAACUACAACCAUGUGCGAUUUCUUCUGACCAGUGCAAGUCAACAAAACCACUACAUCUGCAGCUAGAAAACGUUGUUUUCCAGUUGACAGUGCACUACAGCAUGUGCAUUGUCUACACAUUGGUGCUAUGAACUUUGCUGUCAGUGCUCAUGUUUACACGCCGAUCAACAAUGAUCUGAACACAUUACCAUUGAUAGUCUCAAGCAUUCAUCAAUCACUCCAUUUAGUCCUGAUAAAGUUAAUACACUUCUUUAUGCAUAAAUCCAUUUAUCACCACUGGGUGAUAUACGACUUGGCCGCGCCGUUGUGACUUCUGCUCAGCAGAGGCAUGCGCCGUGUCAUAACUGGGCAAAUUAUCGGUAUGAUUAGCGGUCUUGAGUGACACUGUCAGAGGGAGAAAACAAAUGCCAAACAUACUUAGUCACUUUGCUGUGAGGCCUGUCUUUUCGAUGCUUCCCGCUUACCGGCACAUGAAUUGAUAGGUUACUGUCAUAUACUGGCAUAUGGUGAAGAAAUGUUUUGUUAUGAAUCAAAUUGUAGCACAAGUACUAUGUAUUUCCUUUGGAUCUCAAUGACUGGUUAGUAAAAUUAGAUUCCCGAGGCAGUCCAUUAGUCAUCAUGAACAUCUUGGAAUUCAAAGGACAAGGCCGAUCCACUGCCUCAGUAGUAUACUGAAAACAAGGCGUGAAAGCCACUAUGUGAACAGAGGGAGGCCAGUGUGUUACAGUUUACGGAUGUCUUAGCUAAAUGCUUUAAAAACUGUUCCUAGUCGUACGUUCCUAGUUACCCUGGAUAUUUUUUAUCAUUUCAUAUUUGCUCUUAUAUCGUAUAUAGCAUAAAUAGAAAACUUUUAAAACUAGGAAACCUUCUCCCAAUACCAGUUUCUCCGAUAAACGAACGAACAAGGCAGCACUCCGACUUGUACCUGGUUAUCAUGACAACCGAAGUUGAAUUCUGAUGCAAAGUGUGAAUGGUUGUUAGGUUUAUGUUCGAACGUGCCGUGGGGAGACUAGAACAUAUCAAAACAACCUUUCACCAUUGAUAUUAACACUAAUCUAUUACCACUCCAAUAUCAUAUGUAAAUUCCACCUCUUCACUCGUGAUUUCAACCAUUGGGCGCAUUACAGUGGCUGUUUGAAGUAACGUUCCUUAAAGGCCUAACCCGUUCAUUAAAAAAAUUGAAUUUGAAAAUUUUCAAUUUCGUAAAUACGCAGUACUGACUAUACAUUCUAGAUACUAUGAAUACAACGUGUCAGUAAAUUUUCAAGCACUGCAGUUUAUGCGCGUUAGAGCAGUACUGUACUUGGCGUGUAAGUCCAUUUCCCUGCUCAUCGUAAAUGUAUCCCAAUUGGUUGUAAAGCAAAUGUGGCCAAAAAUGUUGCUCGCCCUAGAUAACUUAUUUUGGUUUUGGGAAAGCCUGUAAAAUACUACUUUUCAUCAAAGGAGCCUAAAAUUCAGACAUAUGACAAACCGAGACGCAUUAUCUAUUCAUGUAAUAUACACUUGUAUAACUGUUUAAGAAGUGUUCUCAAACGUCCAUCAGACUUAUGCACUCUGCAUACAAGAUAAUAAUAAAUAACACAUUAUGUUUUUGUCGCCAGAAAAUCUUCCUAUAUUUUUAUUACCAUAAUAACAACCUUGGGCCGUAUCAUCAGCACUAUUGGUUUAUCCUAAGAGCAUAGCUUUUAACAAUUGGAACGAUAUACAUCAUAAGACAACAAAAUAUAAGACUCUACAUGAGGUUCAGUUUUCAAUAAGAAAGUUCCAAGGAUAUUAUCACGUGGUUCCGGUCGCCAUGACUGCGCAUAUAUGUAAUGUUAUUCAUUGAUAUUGUGUUUGCCGUUAUUGUUUGCACUGGCAUGGGAGCAUCGCCUCUGGCGGUGUGUGGAUAGGCCCUUUCAUGUAUCAGUUCAAAACACACGUAUCGAUGAUCCUCACCAAACGCGUCGACCUUUUUAGAUUUUGACAUAUCGAAGUUCAAUGGCGUGUGGGUGAAACAUUUAAAAAAGACUUGUGUAGGCCUAAUAAGAAGUAAAUACAUCUGUAGCCACGAGACUGUUUAGUGUACCUAAUAUUCUUGAUGAUAGAAAGCUACCCACGCAAUAAUCGAUGAUGGAUUAACACUUUAGAUCGGAUAACGUGCAUGGAUAUGGUUGUUAUAAACCUUUUGCAAAAAUAGUGUAAAUACAGUUAUGCUCAGAAGUAACAUCAUCUCCGAUACGCAGCACUUGCGUAAACGCGCUUGAAGCGAUUACAUCUGUGUUUUGGGGCAUAUUUCUUUGAAACACCACUGUAUAUAAUGGGUUUUUUCACCAUGGAGGCCAUAUUUUCCCUCGUUCUUCCAUUAGUCUGGGUUAAUUUUAAGUGACCCGUACGCAUAUAUGAAGCAGAUAUAGAAAAAACUAACAUUCUCAUUUUUCAAAGCAGUUAUUAUCAAGGCUGUUGCUAUACGCCCAGCAAGAAAUAUUGAACAAUAUUACGAGGACCUAACCAGGCAAAUCGUUAAUUUUCUACCUGAUUUGGUAUAGUUUAAAAUACCUCUGCUGGCGUCUGGUUUCUUCGAAAUGUAUAUCACAUUCUUUGGAGGGCAACCGAUAUUUACCCCUUGCAUACAGUACUGAUUAGAAGUCACAUCGCUUUCAGCUGCAUUCUAUUUUGGCGUCAUAUACACGAGGUAAUUGCUCAGUCACCCAUGUCCAUUGUGGAGGAUGAAAUGAAUGAGACGUUCCGAUCUCGGAGGUUAUUGUGUCUCAAGAAGUUUUUUUAAGAUUUCUUGCUUAUUUCUCCAAAUGUGACAAGUCGUAAUGGUUAAUAGCACGAACCCCUGGGGCGGGGAAAUCACAAAUCACCACGACCAAUCUCAUUGAAUUAGCGAAAAUUGAAAGUCAACAUUGAGUGGUAAUUUUAGAAGAUGGCUAUAGCAUGUGAUGGGAUCUUUGAUCUAGGCGAAAUGAGAUCGAAUGGAGAGCAAUUGCGACUGGAGAAAGAACAAUGAAAUCAAAUGAAAGAAACUGUCUUGUUUGAAGUUGUCUUUGUUGGAUGCAACGAAGUGUUUCAACACACUAAAAAUACUUUACCCUGCAUACUACAAUUUGAUAAACUUGCCACGGUUCAGACAACGUUUUGACAAAACAAAACUACCAUUUAUCCAGCCAAUGUUUUUUUUAUCGGUUUUGUAUUCCUUGAUACCGUAUUCUUUCAAGCUGGAGUUAAAUCCAAGAUGGCCGGCGAAAUCUAAAAUGGCUGCCAAAUAGCCUAACAUUGCCUUUCUCCUUUUUCACCAUUUCCUUACUUUUUGAUUGUACAAUGUAUAUCCCUAUUCAGGUAUGUAUAUUUCAACUUGUGAGACUAGUAUCCUGUCUGAUGACACAUGCAACCAUUCACUAUAAAUGAAUGCUUGGCCAAACAAACCAAACCAAACGUGAUUUGGCAUGGGACUUUUAGAUGGCGAGUUCCAUUGUGAUGACGCCUUGUCCGAUAACUGCGCCAGCCUAUCAAAGCAUCCCGGCCUAUUACAAUGGGAAGCCACAGCAAGCAGCAACCAAACAUUACAUCCUCAGACAAGUGGGAGAAAUAUUGUCCGUUACUCUAAGCGGAAGCAAGCGGCAAAGGCGGAUUUUUUUGCUCUUUAGAUGCACAGAACACAAGAGUCUAGCUACCGCAUCGUACCCCCGGGGGCUGGCCACCUCAAACGACUUUUCCCUGUGCGGCAGAUUAAAUUUGCGCGGUGCUUCUCUGAAUCAAAGGGAUUUAAUGGAAGCCGCCGGAGUCGUAUCUCAGUUGUAGGAAGCCUGUCACCGGCGGUUUGGUCCGCUGUCGGUGACAUUCCAGGCUCCAGGGCCAUCAUUACCUCUCCUACCCACAUCCUACUGACCUUGCCUUCCAAAGGCAACUUGCUGCAGCGGAUGCUAGUCUUAAAUUAAUUACUUAAAAUCGUCUCCCUUUGAAAUCUGAUCCCCUGCCACAUUGGGGCGCGGUUGAAAUUGUGUUUUGUGUUCGCGAGUGUGGCCGCAUAUAUGAGAUCAGCCAUCUCUGACAAAGAAGGUGCCUUUUAGAAUCCUUUGAAAAUCAUCACCAUACCUUUUGAACUUCUUCGUUAGAACUGAUAAAAAAAGAUAAGAUGAUAGCUUGAAGCGCCGCGCAACGAGCGAUUUUUCGUCACUGCCACCGAUCAAAAUCGCAUGUCGCAAAAAUCUAUCGCACGUUCUGGUGAUCGCUGCAAUCAUUAUCAAACCCAGCGAUUACCGAAUGACGCAGACCAACGAUCUUUUUAUCGUCCAUUGCAGUGAUAGUUGUCGCAGGUCGUAGUGGCAAAAAUCGCACGUUUAUGGGGCUCCUGAAGAAUGCAAGUUCUCAUACAGCGCUUUACAAUAUGUACAACAUUCUCAAAGCGCUUUACAUUUUUAGCGAGCGAUGAUGGGUCUUCUUUGUCUGCAACAUGCAUCACCCGAUGAACAGAAUGUAAAACACGGUAUAAAGUUACUCGCUCCGACGAAGGGGUUACCCCAAUUGAGCGUGUCCGAUUAUUGCCUACUUUUUGCCAGAGCUAUCGUAGCGUAUUAGCACAUAGGCGUCUAAUAUUGCGUAUGACAUUAUGUAACUAAUAGAUAUACGUCCAAAGUGUCACGAAAUCCCUUCUGUGACAAACGUCAUUGUUGAAGUAAUGAUAUAACCAUUCGACACGUAUUUGAUAUUAAGGGGCAUUAAAUGGCCUUAAUGACAGUUAUAGCGAUCGGAGAGAUUAUGCUGAUAACGACCUAAUGUGGUCGGCAAAACGUUCUGUACAUGAUGUACACACUUGCAUGUGCAUCAGAAUCAUAAUAGUUUCUGACACCAUGCCUUUACUCCUUGGACUGAAGCUCGACAUGUAUACUGUCACUUACAUCAAAUACAUGUUAGUUUGAAGUACAUGUAAUAUGUUUUGCCUAUAAGUGUGACCACCCAUGAAGGCCUCCAUUUGAUAACUGAUCAUAAUCAAGCGUAUGGCGGGUUCUGUGAUUCCCGAAUUAUGUGUCCCAGGUUUUGAAGGGUCCCAAGUUAGUGAGCGAGAAUGCUGGUUAAUUCCUGACAUUAUUUCAAUUGGCUACUUUUGGACAGCCCAGCCCUGACCAUUAUCCUCACCCAAGCAUCCCCCUACAGCUGGGGACACAUAGAACCCGGGAUGCAUAGAACCCUUUUGAUUUCGAACAAAGACCCCUCCUCACUUAAAAUACGAAAGCAAUACUAGUUAGAAUUUCCAGUACCGGUAUAUGAAUUUCCAGCAAAUAGUAAUGACUGUUUUAUAGCAUGUUUUGAAGAGCUCUGUGCAUGCACCUGUAUCACGCUACGAUACACCUUUAUUCAUUUUCAUGAACAAGAUCACAAGCGAUUUCUAUAUCAAAAUAAAAUGAUCAAACGGGAACAUCAUUAUCAUCGUUGAUAGUGAUCUUUGUUGCCGCUUUAUCAUCUCCACGUUUAGAUCUUUCGUGGAGGCUGUGAUUCUACAGCUAAACGGUCACCAUGGAUAUGCAAGACUAUUCAUGUAGAUAUGGCUAUGUAUCUGAUAUAGUGUAGAAUAAAGCUAUAUCAACAUCUUACUCCUGUGCAAUGAUGUCGUAUGCUGGCAUUUGUUAAAUAACGAAACAAAUUAGGGACGAGUCAAAACUCAAAUAACGACAAGAAUAUAGUAUCAUAAUUGAAAAAUCAAAAUGUUGAGGUUUAUACAGGCAUGUUAAAGGAACCGAUCAAGAAAAAGCUUAUAAAAUAGGUUAGCUAAACGGCCCAGACAAAAGCCUUGAAAAAUAAAGCCCUCAUUGAUAACUCUGGCAGUUUCAUGCAGAUGUGAGUUGGGACUUGGAAACAACGUAACAGUUUUGACUCCGGUCAAGAACUGUAUAUUGAGAUGUAUUCUCCAAACUACUUAUAUUCACUUCACGACGAUAUUUUAUGAUUGGCUCCGUUUGCAACCAUGGCUUGAGAAUAUAUCGGUGGUCCAGGUAACCUCGACCCUAUCCGCCGCGCAGCGGUGGGUCGAGGAGGCCUCGUUGAUUUACCCGAGGCGACCGGUGCAUACAGUGGGUGCACUAUCAAUACCGAGCGCUGUGGUAUUCCUUGGCUCGAGGUUGCCCAUCUUUGUGAGAAACACGUGAUCGGACACCGGAAGCCGAAGCCCCCUAAUCUAGUUCAUGACGAGUGAAGUGCCGUCAAGUACCAGUCUCUGUAUAUGAGUGAAUGGAGGAGACCGGUGAACGAGUCUAAUAUAUCGGUGGUUUUAUGAGGUAAUCGUGCAAUAUUGGCAACGUGUAAUAAACAUGUAACUGUAUUGUACUCUUGGACUGAUUUUCUAAUAUAUGAAAUUCAUUUGUUGAGGUAUACAUUACCUUUAAUUCUGUGCCAAGGUUACUGCUUAUUGUUAAUCUAGACAGAUGAGAGCAUCCCUCGUUUUGUGAACAUAUUAUUGGGUUAUCGCCACGGCAGGGCAGCUCAUGUUUCGGGUCAUUGCCUUCUAUUUCUGUGAGAGGACCUCUCGUAAGGGUUAGUGCCUUUAAUGACAAGGAUGAUGUUUUGAUAAUAAAAUCAGUGGAUUUCACUUAAAUGACGUGGCUAAUUUUGAGCUGGAGGGCAGAUGCUUCAGUCGCUUUGUGCAUCAGUAAAGAGCACAUUUCUUCCUUGAUGAAACAAUAGACAGUGGCUGCCGGAAUCACUUCAAGGGGAGAGAACUGCCAGGGCAAAGUUAAUUCACCUCCGUAUUAACGCUUUCCUUCUCCGAGGCGAAAUCCUCGUGAAAUCUGAGGCGAGCUGACGAACGCUGAUAAUGGAUUUUAGUAAUCACCAUUUAGGAAAUUAUCUUGUAAAACCUUUUGAUCUUUUGAGGUGCGCACGCUGGUAAAUGCAGCCGUCUUCUCCAAGAUAAAAUGGGCGUCAUUUUCGUGUCCUUUCAUCUUCACUUCGUCAGAGUAUCUGUUCUCCUGUUGUUUUUUAUAUGAGGUUCGUUGAGAAUAAUGUUUUGGCUGAGCAAGACACUCACUUCAUGAAGCAACUCACAAGCACUUACUGAUAUCUAGCUCAGUAGCAGUGUUCUUCAUUUUGGCCUUGUGGGCUAUCAGGCCAAAUCGUAGUUUAACAGGUACCAUCAGACCCCCAAACUUGCAAUCAGAUCAAGUUGACGCUGAAUAGUACUUUAGAACGCCAGGCUAAAAUUAUUUCGGAAAAAGUUUUAUUUCAAGAGCGACUGAUGAAAAGAAGGCCUGUUAAACAUCCCUCAAUUGAGAAGAAUGUCAGUUAUGUGCAUCCUCCCAUAUAUAACAGCGCCUUUGGAUCGUUUGUCAAUACACUCACACUGACUUUGGUUGAGUGUAUUUUAGAAGCGAUACGAAGGCCUGCUGUGGAAGGAUGGUAUUUUGUACUGAUUUGUACUGUACUUUUGCCGGUUUGGUGAUUUUAUAAAUGGAAAGCAUUGGUAUCGUAGGAUACGAGUUAAGCGGUUUGCGUGAGGUAACAAGAAUGUUCAGAAUACAUGUACAAUUAUGAUCAAUACACUUUCUGUCAUUUUUUUUCGCAAGAAAUCGGUCGAUGGUAUUAAAAGAACCCUUUUGCAAAACGCGUAGCAUCAAUCUCGUAGUCAUAAGCUGUUUCUCUGAUAAAGCUCCGAAUGUCACAAUACAAUGUGUUCCAUUUUUUUCUCGUCAACCAGGGUAUCCAAAUUGGUUCUACAGUCCCUUUAAUCGACAGGUUUCGACAAUCGAUUUAUUUGCAAUAGUGUAUAUAGCAAUUGACAAGUCUAGUUAUCGUAGGAAGCGGGCAAAUGGUUGUAGCACGUGACCUGUUUGAGGGGGACAUGUGCUGCCACCGCUAGCCGUGGCAGUCUUUGGAGAUGGCGAGCUUCAAGGAAACACAGGGUAAUAAUGAAUUGCUGACGAUAAUCUAUUUAACACUUACGAACAUAUUGUAUAGGCCUAUAUUGUUCUAUUGUGAAUAACGUCCGUCAAUAAUCUACAUACUUUGCACAGUAAGUCUCAGUAAAAAUGUCAUUCUGUGAAUGUAUGUUGAAAAGUUGAGGCGAGUAUUGCACAUUCGACUUUGGUAUACAUUAAUCUGGUUUCACCGAUGUAUGACUGGUUGAUUAUUUCCUCCGAAAUCGAAACUAUUGCCCGGCCGGAGCAUCGGACAACUUGGUAUAGUUAACGCACGCCUUUUGAAAUUGAACAUGUCAAAUACAUGUAGCAUUGAUCAAGGCCAUGUGCGUGGUGGUAUGUAGCUUGAAUUGAAUGUUUAGAACCCAUCUUAGAUCGGUGAAUCUAUAUUGUCACUUUGUCAAUGUCGGGGUCUUUUCUUUGGGCAAUUGCAUGCAAUGCAGAUUUAAGGACCACACUUCAUUUGUCAAUAAAAAUGUGUUAAUAGAAAUAAAAUGAAAUACAAGCCUUUCGGCGAUAUUGUUCAUAAGAAAGAACACCUCAAGUAUUUUUAUUGUACUUUGCCUUUACCGAAGAAGAAAGUGUUUAAAAUACAGUAAACCUUGCAUAUAUCGAACUCGCAUAAACCGGAUACUCGCAUAUAAGUGUCUUCCACGUCACAAGUCAAGUUGUCUCUUAUAAGUGUGUAUAUUAGAUUUCGUAUGUGACGGACAAAAAGGUGCAGGUCUGGUCGAGCUUGCUACUGUCAAGUUGAUUGUACAAUGUAUAUAAAUGUCUGCAAUAAUUCAAUCUUAGAAAUACAUGUUAUGGUUUUUAAGUGUUUUGGCAAACACAAAUAUGCACCCCAUUAAAAUUUUUCGAUUAGAAUGAAAAACCAUAAGAAAAACCAUGGUUUUUGAGGAGGUUUUUCAGUUCGCUGAGAAGCUCUCCAUAGUAAAUAUUUGGGUUGGUUGAAAAACCGUCAAAGCUUUUCAGAAGCGCAAAAACCUUUACUUCUAAGGGUGUAGAUGAUGCCCAAUGGUAUUCACAUUACAAACAUUGCAUCAGAAGAGCAAGGCCAGUAUUCUUUCCCAAGAAAGUGGGGCAACAACUGUACUUUGACAAUAUUUUAUCUCUGAUGCAUAAGAUUAUCAUGUUUAACGAGCUGGUAGAAUCUCAAUCUUGAACAUCGGUUCUACACGUACGCGUGUCCAUUAGAAUGUACUUGUAGUAUUUAUCUAUGAACAUUUAUUGAGUCUUUGUACGAAUCUUUUAACUACACCUGUUUUGUAGAGUCACUGGAUCUUUUCAGGGUUAAUGCCUCGGACACGAAAAGAGUUGUUGAAUCUUACAAAUAGCUUUUCGGUCAAUGAGAAUAUUGAUUGGUACUUUUACAUUAUACACUUUUUAUUGAGCGGUCAAUGAUGCUUAUGUUUGCACCUGCUAUUUGACGGUGUGACGACUGGAGAGAUAUAUAACAAUAGAAGUUCUUCCUGAAUUACCUCCUCAGUUCUUUCAAACAUUUAAAUUGAAUUUGAAAUUUGAAUGUAUUGAAUGUAUCUUUCAACAAUGCCGGUGUGUAGACAUGCCAAGGUUCAAACAAUUUGUGUAGCAACUGCACUACGUCAAUGUUUAUUUAUCCCCGUGGCUCAAGACAAUAUAAUGAGAGCGAAUGGCGUUGGGCGUUUGGUGUACAAGCAUGUCUGUAAAAACCUACAGGUUGUUCCUAUUGUCAAGCUAUUUGUGAAUUUACCAUACAAUUCGUGUUCCAAGGUGGUUAAGAUAUACACAUUUCGAGUCUAUACAGUUUUCUAAAGUCUUUGUUGUAAUUCUGAAUCUUUAAUUACACAAUAAAUGGAAACGUACUGUAAAUUCGGUCAGGAGCUCUUGCUUUCAAUGCUAGUUUUAAUGGAACAUAUCGUUGAAUGAUGGGUUAUACAAGAGACUACAAAAUUGUUUUACUGAAAACUUCACGUACGUUUACACUUGGCCUUUCUGUACUAAUCUGAGGUAAAUGAAUUACUCGUCUCGUAUCCCUCUCCUGAGUCCCGGCGACUCCUGACCAGGUUUACAGUACUUGCAUUAACCAGAAUACAGGGUAUGGUUUUUGGUAAUUUGUUCGUCCUUUUCUAAACUUCGGUCAAACCGUUCAUGUUAAUAUUGUAUCUUAUGACUAUUUUUGAUGAAUACGAGAGAAUUGUAUCUAUUUGUAUUGUAUGAUAGUGAUGUUUACAGGAGAAAUGAUUGAGGUGUGAUAUGAGAAAAAUACAAAGGUUAAAAUAUGAAAUGUUUUGUUUCGAGUUUUUUCUUCUAAAGCGUUCACUUGAUGGAGAUUUA